UUUGUCUGUCAGUUUUAUGUCAAGUCAACAAUCAACAUCCCACAGUAUCGAGUUCGAGUAUCCAAUAAUUCAAUCCAAUCGUCGUUUACCUGUUUGCGAGGUAACACAACAGUUUUUAAAUUUGUCGGUGACCAAGAGAAGCAUUGAAUUACAAAAGCGACGGUCGGGCGCGCAUUACAAUAUGUUUGUUAUUCGGUGUUUUGCGGUGUAAACAGAGGUCUUGGAUUGCUGGACAUGAACAUUUUUUCAGUGUGCGCCUUUCGAAGCAAAAAAAAGAAAUUCGGUUUGUGCGGACGCGUUGUUUGUUUUCCGAACUGCGAGGAACGUUUUCCGUGCGGUAACGAAGAAGGUUUAAGUGGAGUACUCGCUCGGGAUUUCCAAAUUCCUCGGCAGUAAUGACACACUUUUCAUCGACGUCUCGCGAUCAACCACCAUUUACGAAACAUUCCUGAGGAAUAAUGACUGAUCUAUUAGUGCCUCGGGGUGAUACGUUCCCCAGGUCCUUCCUGGACGCGUAUCGGGCCAACAAGAACGAACAAUUUUACAAUGACCUGAGUUCCAGCAAAAGUGACGAGUUAGUUUUGCAAAACUCCAAUUGCCUGGAUAUCCAGAUUCCGGAGGAGAUCCACCACGGGCAUUCGGAGAAUUUGCUGGACGUGAAAUCGGAAGUGCUCGACAAGCCCAAGGCUUAUAGAAAGAUACAAGUGUACGAUCGAGUCGAUCCCGAAGAUAGCAUUAGAGACAUUGUUAGUGAAAAUGAUUUUUACAGAUUCGUUUUAUUCAAAAAGCACUACGACAAAUAUUUGCAUUUGUCCCAGAAAUACGAAGAGGUCAGGAAUACAGCGUAUUAUUUGGAGGAAAAAUAUUAUGAGGUUAAGUCUGAACGGGACGAUUUAAUCAAACAAAGGGAUCAAUUGACGAAAAAAUUAGAGUCUAACGAAUCUUUGCUCAGAGAGAAAGAAGACGAGUUUUUUUUACAAUUCGAAAGGGUGGUGUACUUAGAAGAACAAUGUGAUAAGUUGAGAGCCGAAAAGGAAAAAUGCGAGACGCAAAAAGGAUUGUUGGAAAAAGAACGAAACAAAGCGUUGAAAAUGCUUCAAGUGGAAUCCACCGAAUCCGAAUAUACGAGAAGGAAAUUGGAAAUGGCCCGACAAGAGGUCGUCGCUCACAUGACAAUAAUCAAAAAUGAAAAAGACGAAUUGGAACGUGAGAUCGAUCAAUUAAAAGAAGCCUUAGUAAUCGAAAGGAGCGGCAUUGGAAAAUUUAUCGUCCAAGGAAAGCGACUGAACGACGAUCUCCAUUGUAUGGAAAAAAAGUUGGGAGAUAUGAAAUUAAUGGAACAAUCUAGUAGCGCCUUGACGUCGCAAUUUCAAAAGGCUGUGGAACAUUUAGCGACUUGCAGACUGAAAAAGUGCUCCGUUUGUGCUUACACGAAAUCGACAUAUCGAAAAAUGUCGCCGAAUUGCCGCAAAUACGAUCGAAAAUUAUUCGGUUGCCUUCAAACGCCCUUCCUCGAGAUGCGCAACAUGAUCAAGCCGCCCCCGUCUCCCAUCCACAGCGAGGGCGAGAGCCUGUCCGAGUGGUUCUGUCCCAUGGAAGGUACCCCGGUGCAGAGCGAUUGCUCGUCGCUGAGCGUCCCCUUCGCCGAACUAUCCAUAUCCUACGCGGACGACGCUUCGGACACGUGCAGCAGCUACGGCAAGGACGAGGAGAAGGACGACCAGGAUCGACUGAGCCGAGGGAAUUGCAGCAGUUUUAGAAGAUUUGGUAGCGAUUCGGGUUUUUCGUCGGACAUUUGCGCCGAUUAUAAGAGCAGCGCCGGCGCCGCGACGCCGAAGGAGAAGUUCCGGCCGAAAGCCGCCUUGGAUGAGGCGGAUCGCGCGAAAUUGACGAGGACUAAGUGGACUGCUUCGUUCAGGAAGAUGAUUAAGCGCAUCAAAAAAUAAUCGUUGUUUUAUUAUAAUUUCGAAAGUACCUAUUCGGCGUUUGAUUUUUCGUUUUUUUUUUUGUUAAUACGCAUUCCAGAUUGUUGUUUAAAUUAUGAGUAGGAUUAUUGUUUGUCUAGUUUUAAGUAGACGUUUUCGUGGUACAAAGCAGUAUUGUCUAAGUGUAAGUCGUUUUAUGUUUUUUUAUUAUUUUUUAUUUUAAUUUUUUUUUUGUCACUCACUUUUAUUUUUUUAUGCGAUUUUUAUCUGAGAUAUUAAAACGUAUUUGAAA